AUGUCUAGUCUCCCAAAUCACAUGCCUGUGAUCGUAUGUGGCCGGUCCACGGUGAUCGGAAAGCCCAUCGCAGAGGCCUUGUUACCCGAAUUCGAAGUCAUCCACUUCAUCAUGACCAAUGAGGCGGCUCAAGCCGAGAUCCCUCACGUUCUCGCCGGGCGAGAUCCCCAAUCCCCCGACAACAACGAUGUAGGCUCGGGAAACUACAGCAAGCCCGCCCGCGCAGUCGUUUUUGGUCGAGGAUAUGCUCAAGCAGAUGUCGAGGCUAUCCGGGUCGCUUGCGAAGGAGUGAAUCGGGAGCCUGUGCUUUGGGUUGUUGGUGACGAUGCCAAAGCACCUGCUCCUGGCGCGCCACCACCUGGGGAGGGAUAUGCUAAGAUGGCCGCACAGGGCACAAAGAAUAUUUUAACAAAGUGGAAAGAUGAUGGAGCUGAUAAGGAUGAGGUUGUUAUUUACUAA